UUGUUUUGUGUCAAAUAAAAAUGUUCAUAAUAACUUUGUCUUAUUUAGCAUAAUGGCAUUUAGCUCUGCUUUCAUUUAAUGAAAUUCUGAUGCACAGAAUCAAAGGUCCAAGCGAUAACAUUGUCACAGAGGAUAAACACAAUAAAAACAUUUAUUAUCUGCAGCAUUGUUCAUUAAAAUGGCACACUAUUGAUGUGUUAGAGAAAAUAUACACACAUACAUUGCAAAAGGGAAUACAUUCGACAAGUACUUUUACUUUCAAUACUUUAUUUUUAAAAGCAAUUACUGACUUUUGCUCAACUAAAAAUGUUUAUGUGGUACUUUCACUAGGCUACAUGUUUGUCUGUUUAUUUGUAUUUUACAAAGUAAAGUAUUUGAGUACUUUAUCCACCACUGCUGCCUUCAGAAGUCAUAAAUAGCAGGUCUCUUCUCUGUUUGGAGAAGAUUAAUGACAUUCAAAUAUUUCAGUCACACCCUCUUCCACUUUGUAAUAGACCAAUCACGACACACCUCUGAGUCAUUUUUGCAGAAAACGAAACAACGCUUGUGUAACAAAGCGCGCCUUUCCUUCCUCAACACAAACAUGGCAGAGCCUCACAUUCCUGUCAGCAUAAAUCACCUCUCUUGUCCAAUCUGCACAAACCUUCUCAGGAAUCCCACCACCAUCCCCUGUGGACACAACUUCUGCCGGGACUGCAUCCAGGGCCGCUGGGGUGCGAAGCAGAGGGACGUCAGCUGCCCUGAAUGUCGACGGAGGUUUCCCUCCAGACCCUGCUUGAUCAGGAACACGACUCUGGCUGAGAUGGUAAGAGACACGGAGAGGGGUCCGAACAGGAAGAGGAAGGAAGAGGAGUCAGCUGAGGCCCAGCUGAAGAGGGGCCGGAGCAGCGCAGACAUGUCGGGGUUCACUCUGUGUUGGCGCCACAACAAACCUCUGGAUGUUUACUGCUACACAGACUGGGAGAUCGUAUGUGCUGACUGUGCUGCGGCCAGGCACAGCGGACACAGACUUGGGCCGGUGAUGGAAGAGCGAGAAAGGAAACAGAAUGAGCUGAAGAUCUUGCAAACCAAACUGAGGGAGACGCUUCAGGAGCAGCAGAAACAGCAGCAGAACAUGAAGAAGCGGUUUAACCAAAUUGAGAAGGAGGCCAAGAAAACGAAGGACGACUGUGAAACAGUCAUUGUUGAAGUCAUUGAUUGCCUUCAGACACAUUGCCUGUCUGUGAGGAAGCUGGUUGAGGAUCAGGCGAAGGCAGCAGCAGCUCAGAUAAACGUUGCACUUGAGGACCUUGAGAUGAAAAUAGAGGAGAAGAAGAAGAUGCUUGAUGACCUAGAUCUCCUCGCACAAAGUGACAACAGUGUCGUUUUUCUGCAGGAAUGGCCCAGUAUGCAGAGUCAUUGUGAAAAUGUCCUGCUGCUUUCCUGCAAUGAGAGCUCAGAGGACCGACGUUCACAAUUUGACGUUACAAAGAGAGCUAUAGAGCAGAUUGGGAGGAAGCUGGAGGAUUUCUGUCACCAACAAUUUGCUUCAAUUUCUCAAAAUUCUUGGACUGGAGAAGGUUGUAAGGAGAAUGUGGAGCCCACAACUAGAGAAGACUUUCUGCAGUAUGCCUGUGACCUCUCUCUGGACCCCAAAACGGCUCAUAAGGACCUGAUCAUCUCUGCUGGAGACAAACAGGUGACCAGGUUGCCCGGCGACAGAAGCCAAAGCCCAGCUUCACUUCAAGCAGGGAGGUUCAUCCAUCGACACCAGCUGCUCUGCAGGGAGGGCCUGCAGGCCGAGCGGUGCUACUAUGAGGUGGAGCUGGAAGGAGACAAGGCAGAGAUCGCCCUCGCAUACAAAGGGAUAGACAGGAAAAGCAGCACAAAGAAGUCGGCGUUUGGGGCCACUGAAAACUCCUGGAGUCUUGAUGUUUCUCGGUCUUACUCUGUCAGCCACAGGUCAGAAAGCGUCGAGCUCACGCAAGAGCGCAGGGGAAAAAAGAUCGGAGUUUAUCUUGAAUUCAAGGAGGGAACUCUGUCUUUCUAUGAAGUGUCAGACAACAUGAAGUUUCUGUACAAGGUACAGACCCAAUUCACAGAGCCGCUGUAUCCAGGGUUCUGGCUCGACUGUAAAUGCUGCAUCAGGAUCUGUGACUUGAAGCGACACAAGCAGUAGAUGUUCACAAAGAGUCAGACAUUUCAGACCAAAAUGGGAUUUCAGCGGCUCAGGCGUUAUGCUCCGAGUUCAUGAUGGUUUGACAUUUCUUCUUUGUGGAUUUUCAUUUGCUGUAAAAAAAAAAAAUAAUGCACUGAAACCAAUAAUAUCACUUUCUAUUGUUCAGCCUAUUUUCUGUUUUAUUAAAGCGUCUUGUUUUUU